GCCGCUGGCCAUGGGGAGCGCGGCAUCCAAGGUUUACAGCCGACUGCUUUUGGGACGCACAGUGCCAUGGCUUCAAGCAGGGGAGGGCGCACAAUGCAGUGGGGAAGGGAAGCAACCGGCGGAGUAUGUCUUUGGGAUGUCCAGGGUGAUGGAACUGGAAGCAGAGUGGCACAAAGGGCUGGUUGCAGCUAAGAUUGACAUACGCAAAGCUUUCGACAUGCUGCACAGGCCGGCGCUUCUUUCUCGAUUGAAGCAAGCCAUAGGGGAUGGCCCAAGCUUCCGCAGCUGGCAGGCAAUGCUGGCUGACACAACGGCUGUACUACAAACCAGCUGGGGAUGUUCACGCCUCCAGCUGGACAGGGGUAUUAGGCAAGGGUCUGUGGAAUCUCCCAUCUUGUUUGGCUGGUUGGCGGCUCUCAUCCUACGUGAUGUCAAAUGCAAGCAUGCCUGGCAGGACCGACACCGGGUAUUCGACCAGUUGGAGUGCCAGGACCUGCUGUUCAUGGACGAUGGACUGCUGUGGGCCCACACCAGUAAGGAAGUCUCUAGACGCCUUGAGGAAUGGGCUGCUGAACUUGCAGUGCAUGGCCUCAAGCUGAACCCCGCGAAAUGCAAGGCCUACUUUUCCCCCUAUUGUGUGAGCCAGUCGCCGGUCUCGGUGAAUGGCAACCUCGUCCCCCAGGUUGAAACACUGGAGGUUAUGGGCGUUCCUUUCAGGGUUGGGGCCUCGGCGUCCGAGCUCCUGGCGCCCUUCCUGGCCCGGGGGCGCGAUAAAUUCUGGUCGCUAAAACACCUACUGCGAGCCCGCACUCCGCUCACAGGCAGAAUCCUCUUGCUGGACAAGAUCAUCGGUGGCACUUCGUUGUGGUGCCUGAGCGCUUUGGCGCCAGACGCAUCGGCCUUGGCCUUACUCAACAGCAUGCAACUUCAGUGCGUGGUCUGGGCAAUGAGGGAGAUGGUCCACAGUGUGGUUGGAAAGAUGGUGGAAUUUUUCUGGACACAGAGCCAGGGCCUUGGACAGAGGGUUGGUGCCGCACUCUUCCCUCAUCGACGACUACAGGAAUAG